AUGUCACUUUUGUCUAGGGUAUUGAACCACCAUUCAGAAAAGCAUUCUCGGUCUGGGCUUACGCCAGUGUCGCUGAAUUCGUCGUCACAUCGACGCCACCCCCAAGGCUCUCUGGCGCGCUUUGCUUUGAACAUCAAAUUGGAGUCCCCACCCGUUGUUUUGUACGGUCAGCCCCAUGAAUCCACAGGUUCCAUCAUUUCAGGAGUUCUCAUGCUCGAAAUCUCACCUCCUAAGUCCACGAACUCGCUCGAACCCUCAUCCAGUAGGUCCUCCGAGUCCUUGUUAUCGUCUGUUUCAUCAUCAACGUCGCUGGCACCUGUCGAGGUUGAGAUGGACUCGGUAGUGUUACUGUUGGUGCAGACCAUGCAUUACACCAAGCCGUUUGUCGUUCUGUCGUCACUGAUGUCCAAUUGUGAUAAGUGUAUCACGCGAAUCAACACGCUAGCACGCUGGGAUGCGCUUCUGGAGCGUGUUCCCUUCCAUGUGGGCUCGCAUGCCUACCCUUUCUCUCAUCUUAUACCGGGCCUGCUAGCUGCCACCACCAAGCUUGGAGGAAGCCAGAGUCACUCAUACAUCAAGUACGAGUUGGUGGCUGUGGCCACUUCGGGGUCCGUAGAAAGAAAAUUGGUUGUUCCGGUGAACAUUCUGCGAUCAAUUCUAAGGGGCCCAGAUCGUAAUUCUCAACGAGUGUUUCCUCCUACGGAAGUUACGGCCAGCGCUGUUCUCCCAAAUGUCAUGUACCCAAAAUCCACCUUCCCUAUAGAGCUUCGAAUGGACAAUGUGGUCAACCAGAAACAGGACCGUCGCUGGCGUAUGCGGAAGCUAUCGUGGAAGCUUGAAGAACACACCCAUGUGAGAGCUUAUGCAUGUUCUAUACAUGAAGCGAAGUUGAAAGCUGUUGAAGAUAACCAGAAAAAAACUCAGCUUUACAAGUCUCUUAAGCAGGGUCUGCCUUCUGCCGGUGGAAAUGACGGACCCAGCAGAAAUACUGGGCUACACCACCUGACUGUUCAGACCCUGAUGUAUUUUGGCCCCCCGCCUGCAACACAAACUGUUACAAGAGCGGAACAGAUGGUAGCUGCAGCCUCUACACUGUCUGGCCCAGUGAAUCAAGAUAUCGUUGAGGAAGAAGAAGAGGCUCUUAGCAACCGUCCCGCUGACGAGGCGCUCCAUUUCGAAGAAGAUUUUGGACGUUCACAAGACGGGCUGAUUUCAAGACAAGUGUCCUCCGCCUCAAAUAAUACUAGACCUGGUGUCUCGUCGAGUGCUCAAUCACCACGCCCCAGAGCGGUUUCAUCCAGAACAAAUAGCUCUGGUUCUCAAAGUGCAUCAAGAACAGAUUCGAAUUCACAAGGUGCAUCGCCCCAAUUGAAUUCCGAUGGAACAGCAAAGAGCGAGCUCUUUUUGGAUGAGCUUCGUGUGGUAGCUCACGGCGAUGUCAAGUCUGGCUGGAAGUCUGACUUUACAGGCAAGGGUCGCAUUGAACUUGUUGCCGAUAUUGUGGCUCUUGAUUGCACCACUGGACUUCGUCCACACGUGGCUUCCAAGUCUUCCAACGACACACAUCAUGAUGAUAUUCCUGGAAUGCUCAAUGAGGCCACCAUCUCGUGUGACAUAGAAGACCCCGAACUUGGAGUUUAUGUGUCUCAUGUAUUGGUUGUUGAAGUUAUUGUGGCAGAGGAGGUUGUUCAGCUGCCCAAAGGUUUGCGAAAUGAUGCAUUGACACCUGUCACCUCUAUUGGCUCGAAUGCUAGUGCAACUGCUAUUGGCGUACCCACAGGUUCGGCCAGAGUUCUUCGAAUGCAGUUUAAGGUCAACGUUACCGAACGGUCUGGGCUCGGAAUUGCUUGGGAUGACGAGGUUCCACCCACUUACGAAGACAUCCGUGCAUUGAGUCCACCUACUUAUGAGAAUCUGGGUACUGCCACGCCUGUUUCUGGUCCGCUCAACAUCAGUUCUCCAUCUAGACCCACGCCUGCCAUUUUAUAUGGAGUGGGAGAAACGCCAUUAGUUGGAAAUUUCGCAAAUCGGAACUACCAGAACAUUGAUAGUAUGACUGAUUUGGAAGAUGGUAUUCAGGAAUUCCAGUUGUAA